UUGGAGAUGCAGCGAGCAAAUCGACGAGAAAGGAAAUGUGUGGGAUCACAUUAAUUAGUUAGUUACCUUUAACGUCCACUCUUGUCCACGUCUAAUAUUCUCAAUGCCAUAAACUUGCACGAAUCAAGGACGGCCUCUCCCACUCACUACUCACCAUCUCCAUAACCAUCUCAUCCAAAAUAUAUUACUACUUCCAUUUUAGUAUGUCAACAUAAAAUUGACUUAAUUUUUUAAUUUUUGAGAUUCUCAAUCUUUUAGCUUAUAUAACAUCAAACUUGUGGUCACUGUGUUAUGAAACAAAUGAUUAUGGGAAAUAUUGAAAAAGCAAAAUAAAGUUGUAGUUAUAACAUUUUAGUAAUUUGUCCAAUAUUUUUUAAAAAAAAAUUAUAAUGAUUUUAUCAAAAUUAUUUAUGAGAUGACAUAAAUUAGGGAUAGGGAAGAAGAAAGGAGGAGGAAGGUAGAGGAAACAAGUGAUCCUAUUCUCCAUGUAUGUAUUUAAGUGUAGACAGGCAGGCCCGACCCAUCCGAUCCAAUGUGAAUUAUUAACCCUAGGUAGGUAUUGGUAAAGCUUGAGAUGCGAAUGAGAAUGUGAUCAAUGGGUAAACCAACUACCCCUCAUCUUCCUCCAGAUAAUGCUAUCAAACAUAGCUCACUGCUGGAGCCCACACAGCAAGUACUGAUAUCAAAACAUGAUUCUCCUCCGAGAAGCAACCUUCCAACUUUUUCUUACCGGGAUAUUGCAACCGCCACAAACAAUUUCAGGCGACAAUCCAUUAUUGGGGAAGGUGGCUUUGGGCCAGUAUUCAAAGGGAAACUUAACACGAAUCAGGUUGUGGCUGUUAAGAAGCUAAAUCAUUCCGGUCUUCAAGGGGAUAAGGAGUUCUUUGUAGAGGUUCACAUGCUCUCACUGAUGCGGCACCCUAACCUGGUUAAUCUAAUUGGUUACUGCUCUGAAGGAGAGCAGCGACUUCUUAUCUAUGAAUUCAUGCCUCUAGGAUCUUUGGAAUAUCAUCUCCAUGAUAUUACGCCUGACAUGAAGCCAUUGGAUUGGGAUACCAGGAUGGUAAUAGCAUCUGGUGCCGCCAAAGGCCUGGAGUACCUUCACAACCACGCUGAUCGUCCUGUUAUCUACAGGGACCUUAAGUCGGCAAACAUAUUAUUGGGUGAGGGUUUCCAUGCUAAACUUUCUGACUUUGGUCUUGCAAAGUUUGGCCCAAUUGCAGACAACACACAUGUUUCAACUCGGGUUAUGGGCACUCAUGGAUAUUGUGCACCUGAGUAUGCUGGAACAGGAAAACUGACUAUGAAAUCCGACAUCUAUAGUUUUGGUGUGCUCUUGUUGGAGCUAAUUACUGGAUGUAGAGCAAUGGAUGACUCUCACGAACAUGGAAAAGAAAUGCUUGUUGACUGGGCACGUCCUAUGUUAAAAGACCGCAUGAACUAUGUACAGUUAGCGGAUCCAAUGUUAAGAGGCAAAUUUCCACAAUCUGUCUUCCGCAGGGUAGUAGAACUGGUCUUAAUGUGUGUUCAGGAUGAUCCCCAUGCUCGACCUCACAUGAAAGACAUCGUGCUUGCUUUGAGUUACUUUGCAUCCCAAAAGCAUGAUUCACCUGCAGCUCAGAUUGGAUCUCAUGGGGGAGAAGGGACAAAUGGAAGCUCUGUUGAUUUUGAUGGAGCUCAGAUGGAUAUAACAGAAAUAAGAGCUUCAAACAAAGAUCAAGAGCGGGAGAGAGCUGUUGCAGAGGCCAAGAAGUGGGGCGAGACCUGGAGAGAGAAAGGGAAACAGAAUGCGGAUGAUGAUUUAGAUUAUAAAUCAAGGUGGUGAUUGAUUGUAAGUUAGUUUCCUUGUCACAGAACAGCAUUUUUAUUCAAAUUUUUGAAACAGUGUCGUAUGUAUAUACUCAUAAAAAAGAAAUUAUUGGCAUUAUUGAUGUAUUUGUAUGCUUGACAAAAUAAAUUCAAUACAACUACUAUAUGGCAUUUAUCAUUAA